AUGACUUUAAUCCAAGGGGAAGAUUUAGAAUUGGAGAAACAACUACAAAUUCUUAAUAAACCAUCUUUGAAAACAAUUAUUAGUGUGUAUGGAGAUUUAUAUGAUUGCGUAGAUUUUUACAAACAGCCAGCAUUUGAUCAUCCUUUAUUAAAAAAUCAUACUUUUCAACCUCAGAUGAAGCCUACAUACGAGAAAAUGCGCAACAAUAGUUCAUCUUCAACUAGUGGACAUUUAUUUAAAAUAUUUAAAGAAGGAGGUUGUCCAGUGGGGACUGUUCCAAUUAGAAGGACAACCAAAGCAGAUCUUAUAAGACAAAAACAACAUUCUUCUAAGUUUGGAUCUAAAGAACAACAAGCUCCUUUUAUUGCAGUAGUUAGAACUAAUUCAGGAGGUCCAUUUUCUGGGGCUGGCGCAUUUGUUACUAUUCAUAAACCUAAAGUAGAUGGCGGACAAUAUAGUGCUGUUCGACUUAGAGUCGAAAAUGAUGUUGAUGCCAUUCAGAUUGGUUGGCGGGUGGAUCCAGAAUUAUAUGGUGAUGAUCAAGUUCGACUUUACACAUAUUUUAAGGCAGGUGAAAUUAGUUGUUUUAACACAAAGUGUCCAGGAUUCAUUAUUGUCAAUACAGAUAUACCUCUUGAUUAUGUUUUUCCAAACUAUUAUGAGGGAGAGGGUGAUCAAGAUGUGGAAAUUAGCCUCUUUCUUGCUAGGGACUUAGUAAAUGGAAAUUGGUGGCUUGAACUUGGAAAUGACGACAUGCAAAUAGGAUUUUGGCCUUCGAGUAUAUUUACCGGAUUACAAAAUUCAGCAACUUAUAUAGAUUGGGGUGGAGAGGUCUCUAGUGAUAAUGUUCCGAUGGGCUUAGGAACAUAUGCACUACAAGAUUCAUCUAAAACCGCUAUUUGUCGUCAAAUUAGAGUGCUUACUCCAGAUGCGAAUUACACCAGUGAUGCAGUUGGAUUAACAGAACCAUAUUGUAAUUUUGUUUCUGAUGUAAAAAAUAAUAAGGGUGAAGCUUAUGAUGCUUUUGAUCACGGACACAAGAUUUAUGAUCACAAUGUCUUCGGUUCAAAUUUUGGCGGUGUUCCUUUUCCUAAAAAGAGAGGUUAUAGUGUCUUAGACAUUGGAGAUGAUGGUGAUUUUUAUGGACACUGUGCUUAUUAUGGAGGUCCUAAUCCAACAUAUUAA